CGGGCGGGCGGCGGCGGCGGCGGCGGCGGCGGCGGCGGCGGCGGCGGGUGCGAUGCUGCAGUCGCUGGCGGGCAGCGCGUGCGGGCGCCUGGCGCAGCGGCACCGGCCGGCCUGCUGCUUCGCGCUGCUGGUGCUGGGCUACCUGCUGUACCUGGUGUUCGGCGCCGUGGUCUUCUCGUCCGUGGAGCUGCCGCACGAGGACCUGCUGCGCCAGGAGCUGCGGCAGCUCAAGCGGCGCUUCCUGGAGCGCCACGCCUGCCUGGCCGAGCCGCAGCUGGAGCGCUUCCUGGGCCGCGUGCUGGAGGCCAGCAACUACGGCGUGUCCGCGCUCGGCAACGCCUCGGGCCGCUGGAACUGGGACUUCACCUCGGCGCUCUUCUUCGCCAGCACCGUGCUGUCCACCACCGGCUACGGCCACACGGUGCCCCUGUCGGACGGGGGCAAGGCCUUCUGCAUCGUGUACUCGGUCAUCGGCAUCCCGUUCACGCUGCUGUUCCUGACGGCCGUGGUGCAGCGGGUGACCCUGCAGGUGAGCCGGCGGCCGGUGCUGUACGCGCACCUGCGCUGGGGGCUGCCCCGCCGGCGCGCCGCGCUGGCCCACGCCCUGCUGCUGGGCGCCGCGGCCGCCGCCGCCUUCUUCUUCGUGCCCGCCGCCGUGUUCUCCGCGCUGGAGGACGACUGGAACUUCCUGGAGUCCUUCUACUUCUGCUUCAUCUCGCUGAGCACCAUCGGCCUGGGCGACUACGUGCCCGGGGAGGGCUACAACCAGCGCUUCCGGGAGCUGUACAAGCUGGGCAUCACCUGCUACCUGCUGCUGGGCCUGGUGGCCAUGCUGGUGGUGCUGGAGACCUUCUGCGAGCUGCAGGAGCUGAAGGCCUUCCGGAAGAUGUUCUACGUGAAGAAGGACCCGGACGAGGACCAGCUGCACAUCAUGGAGCACGACCAGCUGUCCUUCUCCUCCAUCGCCGACCAGGCGGCCGGCGGGAAGGAGGACCAGAAGCCGGACGGCGAGCCGUUUGUGGGCCCCGAGGCGCCGGCGUCCGCCCUGGCCAACGGCUCCCCGCAGCGCUGAGCGCCGCCCGGGCCUCCCGCGCCACCCGGCGGGCGGGGCGGGCGGGGCGGGGCGGGACGGGAGAGGCUUCGCUUUGUGCGUCUUUAGGAGAAGAUAAAAGCCAAAAAACAACAUUUCAACAGACGCCCGAUAUUUUGAAGACAUUCGGUCGCAUUCCAGACAAAGCAGAAAGAGGAACAAAGCGAGCUUUGGCUCCGAGGACUGUCUGGUGUCUGAGGACACGGGGUCGGGGCCUGUCACUCCUCGGAACCCCACCGAUCGGGACCGGCUAGUGGGGUGGAAGGACCGCUGUGGGUAGAAGCGGGUUUUCUGCUUUUAACCCGGAGGAAAAUGUAAUUAAAAAAAAAAGUACAGGUCCAUUUCUCUGGGGGUUGCCUCGAAAUCACUUAGCGGAUGGCGCAGUAGCGACCUUUCUCCAAGGAGGAGCCCAGCGAUGUGUUUUAUAUAAACGGAUGUGGAUGGGUUUGCAUGCGCCCGCCCCAAAUGAUUAUUUUUGUAGAACCUGAGACGACCCUGUUAUUUAUAAC